GUCAUUUGAAUCAUGUUUUAUAAAUUUUUUUCUUUACAUCUUCGAAUUCAAAGGAUAUACUUAAGUAUGUCCCUUAAAUUCAAAAAUGUAAUACUAACGUUCAGAAUUUUUGUACGAUCGAACAAUUCAAACUAGACCUGUUCUCACAAGUCUAAUUUGGAACAAACAAAAAUUUAUUUUUUGUUUGUAACAAUUAUUAUUUUGUCUCUAACGUUUAGUGAUGUCCGAGCAUGGCUCGAACAGCCAAAUCUUCGAACUGAUCAACCAUCAACUUUAAAAACAACCGUUAAUUUCAAACUGCCUGAAUUUAAAAGCUUGAGCUUCAUUUUGACUUAUUCAAGCGUAAUUUGUUUGAAUCUCUUGCCUGAGUCUUCAUAAGGUUUAAUAUUUAAGUGUUCUCAGUUUCCGAUGGCUUAUCUACGUAUGUACGAGACCCUGUGUCUUAUACAGAUCCAACAUAACUCAAGAGCUUAGUCAAACGCUACCCCGCGUUCGACCGCAAUAAAAUGUAGAACCCACGACGUAAAAAGACCAGGUAAACACUAAUCAGUUUGAAGUAAUGACGACAUUUGUGACCAAUCAGAAAUUGGCUCCAAAUUUUAAGUCAAUAUAAAGCCGCCAUUAGAAAUUUGCCACCGGUCAGAAAUUUGUCUCAAAUUAUAUUCGGUUAUCAUUAUUACACCUGGUAUUUUUACAUCUUAUAAUUUUACAUCAUGGUAGAAUCCAUGAUGGAAUCAGAUUCCACCAUGGUAGAAUUUGCGAUUUCGCCGUUAUUAAGUCGUUGAUUAGUCGUUAUAGAAACGCACGCGUAACCAUAGGGCGUAGCCUAGCAACACGCGUGUUCCUAAUUCUCGUGGAAGCCACCGCGGCGAAAGUACCAUCACUCAGCGACGAUACUUCCUCUCGAGGAGGAAAACCGCGCGCGAUUAAUAGUCGCUUCACGACCAAUCAACGACGGUCCUGGGACCCAGCUUGAUACGAACCAUCAACGGUGACAGACAAUAUUUCCAAAGGGAAGCAGACGAGAACAAUGAGGCUCCCGCACACGAUAUCGAAGAACGUUGUAGCUGCGUACAGAUGCUCGCCGGAAACCUCACUGUUACCGCAGGAGCAAGGAAGGACGCUUCGGGCGGAAGACGCCUCGUGGGACGACGGCGUAAUCCCAGAUUUAAAAAUUCUUGCGCUUCGUAUUAUAGUUUCGACCUGGAAGGAUAAUCCUGUUCUGGAGGAUCUGCCGACGUGCGCUGACAGGGAUGUGCUGCUGGAAACACUACCGACUGAUCUACCCUUCGAGUUGACGAUACCAAGAAUCGAGGACGAGUUUUAUUGGGAACGCGCGGCCAAGGACAG